CUUAAAUACAGAGGAGUGGGCUCCCUGGAGGUCCAGGGUGUGCGGCUGAAGCUGCACUGAACCCCUGUGGCCAUCUGAGGGCUCCUAGGGAGAAGAGCUUAUUCCUGCAGAGACCCGUGGACCAGUUGCUCAGUGGCGGGCUUAAGCAGCUGUGCUGAAAUGUCAGACGGAUUUGCACAGCUGACCGAGUUGCCCAAGAGACAGCAGCGUAGUAACCCCAUCAACUGACCCCGGGCAGCCCAGCCCUGCUUAAUAUAGAUCUGCCGGGGGCCGAGCUGCAGUCACGCCGCUCGGCAAACCCACUGAGGCUCCUGGGGAGAGAUCUCAAGGUGGGUUGACCUGCUCACCUGUUCACCAGCAGAGCUGCUUGGAGUGCCUCUGUGUUCCUCUUCUUUUUGAAAUCAGCUUUGAUCGUUUCUUCUCUUCUAGUGAAAUUAGAAACAAACAGGAAAAAAAAAAAAAAAAAACAGACCAUGUCGGGCCACGGCAGGAAUUCAGAUCAAGAGGAGCUGGGUGAGCUGGACGAGGAUGAGCUCUUGGCCAACCUGUCCCCCGAGGAGCUGAGGGAGCUGCAGUCGGAAAUGGAAGUCAUGGCCCCGGACCCCCGCCUUCCCGUGGGAAUGAUCCAGAAGGACCAAACCGAGAAGCCACCGACGGGGACCUUCGACCACAGGUCCCUGGUGGACUACAUGUACUUGCAGAAGGCCUCCAGGCGCAUGCUGGAAGAUGAGCGCGUCCCCGUCACCUUUGUGCGGUCCGAGGAAAACACGCCAGGACGGCAGGAGGCCAGAGACCCAGGGAAUAAAAACGUGCUCCGGUUCCUGAAAGAAAAGCUCAAUGACGAAAUCGCGGCCCAUAAAAGAGAAUCCGACGGCAGUGACGGCGUGCAGGAAGCGGAUGAGGAGGAUGGGGAAGAGGAGGAGGAGGAGGAGGAGGAAGAGGAAGAAGAGGAAGAGGAAGAGGAAGAAGAGGAAGAAGAGGAAGAGGAGGAGGAGGACGACGGUGAGCAGGGAGAAGCACAGAAUCCAGUCGGAAACGGCGAGAGCAGCAACCCCCGGACGGCCACCAGAGCUCCGGAGGAACACGGAAACCAACCCGCAGCCCAGGAAAAAAGUGAGAAGAAAGUCUCCAAACUGGAUCCCAAGAAGCUGGCUCUGGACACGAGCUUCCUGAAGGUCAGCGCGAGGCCCUCCGGGAACCAGACGGACCUGGACGGCAGCCUGAGGCGCGUGAGGCAGAACGACCCCGACAUGAAGGAGCUGAACCUCAACAACAUCGAGAACAUCCCCAGGGAGAUGCUGCUGGACUUCGUCAACGCCAUGAAGAAGAACAAGCACGUGAGGACGCUCAGCCUGGCCAACGUGGGCGCCGACGAGAGCGUGGCCUUCGCCCUGGCCAACAUGCUGCGGGAGAACAGGAGCAUCCGCACGCUCAACGUCGAGUCCAACUUCAUCACGGGGAAGGGCAUCGUGGCCAUCAUGCGGUGCCUGCAGUUCAACGAGACCCUCACGGAGCUGCGCUUCCACAACCAGAGGCACAUGCUGGGCCACCACGCCGAGAUGGAGAUCUCCCGGCUGCUGAAGGCCAACCACACCCUGCUCAAGGUGGGCUACCACUUUGAGCUCCCGGGUCCCCGGAUGGUGGUCACGAAUCUGCUCACCAGGAACCAGGACAGACAGAGGCAGAAAAGGCAAGAAGAACAGAAGCAGCAGCAGCUCAAGGAGCAGAGGAAGCUCAUAGCCAUGCUGGAGAACGGCCUGGGGCUGCCCCCGGGGAUGUGGGAGAGGCUGGGGGGGCCCAUGCCCGACCCCAGGAUGCAGGAGUUCCUCCAGCCGCCUCCCGGGCCUCCCGGCCCCCACGGCCCCCACGGCCCCCACGCGGUCCCCUUCGGCCGCAGAAACGAGAUGGCGAAAAAGCCAUCCCAGCCUCCGCCGUACAAGACCGACCCCGACUCCUUCCGGGUGGUGAAGCUCAAGAGGAUCCAACGCAAAUCCCGCAUGCCCGACGCCAAGGAGCCGCCGGAGAAAACCAACCUCAAAGACGUGAUCAAGACGCUCAAACCCGUGCCCCGAAACCGGCCACCCCCCCUGGUGGAGAUCACGCCCAGAGACCAGCUCCUGAAUGACAUCCGUCACAGCAACGUCGCCUACCUUAAACCCGUGCAGCUGCCGAAAGAACUGGCGUAAGUGGCAACAGAACCAUCUAGAAGAACAAGAGAUGGAAGCAGCGGCUGUGGGGUUGGAGCUGGGGGCUGCUUCAGCGGCACAGCUGGGAGCGUGUCCCCGAACACCUGGGGCCUGCGUGAGACACGCGAAGCUCCGGCCACGCAGGACACAGGCAGAAGAGGAGGGUGGACGGAGAGAGAAUCUGAUACUCACGGGCCACGCUCUCCACUGCCAAUCAGCCCUGGUGACUGUGGCGGGAUUUGAGUCUUGCUUCCAAAAGCAGCAGUUUGAAACGUUUUUGUAAACCUUCGCUUUCUUGUGGUCGAUGACAAUAAACGUGACGGGGGUGUGGUC